CCCCCCGCUUGCUGGUUUUGCACAUUUCGCAGGGAAAAAGUUGUGGGAUCUCGUUAGUGCUGCGUGGGGUGUAGGGUGCUCGUGGGAGUUUGGGGUUGGCAGCCUGCUAGUGCGAACCUGAAUGUGCAGCUCGUUAACCUCCGUGAAGAGCCGGAGGGGGAGAUGACGACACUAACGCACCGAGGACGGCGUGCUGAGGCGGGAAGGAACUCGGACAAGAAGCCUGACAGUGAGGAAGAUGCAGCUGCAGAGAGAGACCUGAAUGAUGAUGAUGCUUACGACUCCAAAGAUAUCCGCCUCACGCUCAUGGAGGAGGUGCUGCUCCUGGGGCUGAAGGACAAGGAGGGCUACACCUCCUUCUGGAAUGACUGCAUCUCUUCAGGCCUGCGGGGCGGCAUCCUCAUCGAGCUGGCUCUGCGCGGCCGGAUCCGCCUGGAGCCGCUCUCCAUCAGGAAGAAGAGGCUGCUGGAGAGGAAGGUGCUCUUGAAGUCGGACGCGCCGACUGGUGACGUCUUGCUGGAUGAGACCCUCCGACACAUCAAGGCCACAGAGUCUGCAGAAACGGUGCAGACCUGGAUAGAGCUGCUCACUGGGGAGACCUGGAACCCCUUCAAGCUGCAGUACCAGCUGAGGAACGUGCGCGAGCGCAUCGCCAAGGCGCUGGUGGAGAAGGGCAUCCUCACCACAGAGAAGCAGAACUUCCUGCUCUUUGACAUGACCACCCACCCUGUCAGCAACGCCACCGAGAAGCAGCGCUUGGUGAAGAAGCUCCAGGAGAGCAUGCUGGAGCGGUGGGUGAACGACCCUCACCGCAUGGACCGCAGGACUCUGGCUCUCCUGGUGCUGGCCCACUCCUCAGACGUGCUGGAGAACGUUUUCGCCAGCCUGGCAGAUGACAAGUACGAUGUGGCAAUGAACAGGACCAAGGACCUCCUUGAUAUGGACCCCGAGGUGGAAGCUGCCAAAGCCAGGGGCGCAGAGAUGAUCUGGGCCGUCCUGGCAGCCUUCAAUAAGUCCUAAAAAGCCCCCGAACCCCCCAAAGCAGGUGGGGGAGCCUCACCCCCUCGAUGCGAGGCCAGGGCUAUUUGGGCACGGAGUUCCUGCAGCAGCGGGUGGGCUCAGGUCAGGGGGACCGGGAGGUUUUGCUCUCCC